UCGUCAUCGACGCCAUUCACAGCCCAGAUGCGAACACCGCAUCCCCACACACCCUUCUCCAACCCCCCCGCCCCAUUCAUAAUUCCUCCAGACUUCUCGUCCCUCCCCGUCCUCUCUCCGUCCACCCAUCAAGACAGCUUGACACCUUUGACCCAAGUCCGCGAUCGCUCUUAGGAGUGCACAAUUCGGCCCACACCACCUUCGGCUCUACAGGCAUCCUCUGCUCCCCAUCGGUGUAAAGCUCUUCACGAGCAUCUCUCCACCUGCCGGGGCGAGCCGGCCCUGGGCACCCGCCUUCCGUCUGAUAUUACCGUUACCGCCGACUUACCCUGUCCCCGUUGGCGGUCGACCUGGCUUCUAUUCUCAUCGUUCUGACUCUUCUUCCCUCGGCCGCAAGCCGUUGUCGGCUUCGCAAUCUGCCGGUUUCCCUCUUCCCGGUUAUUGUUGUCUGAGCACCCAGCCUCUGGCGAUAAGUGAUAGGUACCCUAGCUGUCUGCAGACAAGCCGCGGCCAAGUAGCCGUACUUGACAUAUACAUGCAUGUUGCUGCAUGGAAGCCAGCUAUUCGUUCCUCCAUUGCGUCGAGAUCCCGGCACUCUGUGCCCUUCUCGGACAUGCUCUCGGAUUGCACCAGGACUGGCCUGGCUGAUCUCCAACAUACACUGUCCUCGACAGUUGCGACUCUGGAACGUGCUCAAGGUACCCAUACUUGCCAGGGGCCUGCGGUGCGUAUCCCGUUCUCCCGCAUCACUCAAGGUUCCAGUACACAGCACGCCGCCACCACAGUUCACCUACCGUACUUGCACACAGCUGCCACAGCAUAUACAUACACAUACAUGCACAUAUGUCCACAUCAAAAGUGCAGAGACGCAGAAGCCAAACAGUGGCGCUGGUGGGGAUUCUCGGUGCUUUUGAACCGCCUCCGGCGCCGGAUGGGUGAAGCUUUUCUACCCUUGAAUGUCGCGAUGCUGCUGCCGUAG